UCAUUUUUCCAAGGAGGAUAAAAUCGUUCGUUCAAUCGGAGGUGUGCAAUCGACGACGGACAACAUUCUCUUAUAGUUAGUGAUAGGUAGAAUUCCAUGAGAGAAACAUGAUUGCUAUUACAUUUAUAUUUGUCCUCGCUUUAGAAGUCUGUAGCGAUUUCAUCGUUGCUGAGAAAAUAUACAAUUCACUAUGGCAUUACAAAUGCAACGGUGGAUACUGUAUAAAAGAAGAAAUCACAGAAGAAGUAUCGUCUCCUAUGUCAUUAAAAGUUUGUCAAUUAUUAUGCGGUGAUAAUGGUUCGUUAUGGCCAAAACCAACAGGACAUUUGUCCUUGGGAAGUACAGUUUUACCUCUAAAUGUUAAUGACAUCAAAAUCGAUGGUAUAAAUCCGAAUACGAAAGUAGGUAGUCUUCUACAAGAGAACAUUAACAUAUUCAAAGAAAACAUAAAGAAAAUUAGUGAUGUCGUUAAAAACGAGGGAUUAGGAUUGAUAAUUAAUGUUACCGAUAUUCAUGAUUUAAAUGACGUCCAAUUGACCUUAGACACAGACGAAAGUUACAAAUUACAAAUUGAUCAGAUCGAUGACGAAUUUAUAAGCGUAAAAAUAACAGCAACGACUUAUUUCGGUGCUCGAAAUGGUUUGGAAACGUUGUCACAAUUAAUAGUAUUUGAUGAUUUGAGAGAUAUAAUACAAAUCAUUCAUGACGCUUAUAUCGAGGAUAAACCAGUAUAUCCAUACCGUGGGAUUUUGUUGGACACCAGUCGUAAUUUUAUUACCGUUGAAGUGAUCAAGAAGACAAUAGAAGCAAUGGCCAUGUCAAAAAUGAAUACUUUUCAUUGGCACAUCACCGAUUCCCAUAGUUUCCCAUACGAAGUUAGAAAUUAUCCAUUGUUUUCUAAAUACGGUUCCUACGGCAAAGACAAGGUCUAUACGAAGGAAGACAUUAAGGAUAUCAUGAAGUUUGCUCUUUUACAUGGAGUACGUGUUUUACCAGAAUUCGAUGCACCUGCUCACGUUGGGGAAGGCUGGCAAUGGGUAGGUCAUAAUGCAACGGUAUGCUUCAAAUCUGAACCAUGGCAAAGUUAUUGCGUCGAACCACCAUGCGGUCAAUUAAAUCCAACAAGCGAUAAGGUCUAUGAAAUACUUGAAGGUAUUUACAAAGAAAUGUUGGAAGAUUUUCAUCCGGACAUAUUUCACAUGGGAGGUGACGAGGUCAAUGUUAAUUGUUGGAACUCCAGUGAUGCUAUCAAAAAUUGGAUGCUCGCUAAAGGCUGGAAUCUAUCAGAGUCGAGUUUCUAUUUGCUUUGGGAUUAUUUCCAAAAUAGAGCACUUGAAAAAUUAACUAUAGCCAAUGGAGGAAAAGAGAUUCCUGUUAUUAUUUGGACUAGUGGACUUACCAACAUAGAAAAUAUGCAAUACUUGGAUUCUAAGAAGUAUAUCAUUCAAAUUUGGACGACUGCAACAGAUAACACUAUCGGUAGAUUGAUAAGCAAAGACUUCAAAGUCAUUAUUUCUAAUUACGAUGCUCUCUAUCUCGAUUGCGGUUUUGGAGCAUGGGUUGGAGAGGGUAACAAUUGGUGUUCACCGUAUAAAGGCUGGCAAUUAAUUUAUGAUAACUCUCCGAUGUCCAUUCUUCAGAAGCAAGGUUUUGGUACAAAUAAAAAGCAAUUUGUAUUAGGUGGAGAGGUAACACUUUGGAGUGAACAGGUCGACAGUGUUAUAGUCGAUUCAAGAUUAUGGCCCAGGUCAGCAGCUUUCGCUGAAAGACUUUGGUCCGAUCCUCCUUCAACCUGGAUUCAUGCUGAACACAGAAUGUUAAAACAAAGAGAGAGAUUAGUUCAAAGAGGUAUUAAUGCUGAUAGAUUGCAACCCGAAUGGUGUAUUCAGAAUCAAGGACAUUGUUAUCUAUAAAUUGAAAAUAAAAAAGGAAAUUUUACUCUCAUCAAUAAGAUAAA